AUGAACACACAGCCUCCAUACCCGCUGAACAGACCUGGAACUCGUGAUGUGACACGCCAAAAUAGUGCUGAGAAAGAAUGGAGAAGCUGGCCGUCGGUGAAGGCAACUAUUCCUAAUUUGCCCCACGGUACAACAACCUACGAUAUCCAUAAGAAUCUCCAGCGCUUUGGGAGACUAGAAUACAUCCGCAUCGAGGAGACUCGUCAAGGCAACUUCGCCAGAUUUGCUCAGGUUGUUUUCAAACCUCCGCCCAUUCGGAGAGCUCCAUGGGACCCGGCGUACAAACAUGGCAUUGACUUCCCUCUUCGAAGCAAAGAUGGUGAAAGACCAAACAGAGUGAGGGUGUACUUGUCCCAAAACCAACCCACGAUUCAAGUCUUUCGGAGUCGUGCUUACUCUGGCCUGACAUAUCCGUCCGAAAUGACCCUGUUAGGCUACUCGAUCGACUUCGGCUAUCUUCAAAAUCCGUCACUGAUGGUCGUUAAGGCGAGCAAGUCCGAAAUCCACGGUGCCGGUGUCAGACUGCUUCUCAAUCUGAAACGCCUAGAAUUGGAAGUCCACUUUCCCGUACUGAUCAAAUCAAAGGGCAAGACCAGCGAAAGAGUUUACCGAUUCUUUCUAGCUCUCGACGAUCAAUUUUCUCUUUCUGAAGUUCCAAAUGGAGUGUUGUCUUCAUUGGUGAUCCAUGCAAAGCAUCCGCCCUGCUAUUCAAGGCAACUGAAGGAGGCCAUGCAGCUGAGUCACGACCCGAAGUCAUACAGAUGGUCCGCGGAUGAUACAUGGUCUCGACAGACCGACCUUGUUGACGAAAAGGAAACAUAUACAAAGAUCGACAGCAGUCCUGUGUCAGUGCAAAAGCUCUACAACAGCAUUGAUAUUGGCCGUUGGACGACCUUCCGGGUCACUAUCAAGCCAUGCACUGACCGCCCCGACAAUUCUUCGGAAUUCUUCCUCAAGGCUCUUGCCGAUUUCAACAUACGCAUCACUCGUGAUCCUUCGUUCAGGGUCAUACCAGGCCAAACUGGCGUGGCGCCUGUUUGGCGUAUGUUGAGUGGUACUUCCUCACUUCAAUCCUUCUCGGACCAGCUUUCCUUGCCAUAUCUUGGUUUCGAUUUGAGAUAUCAACUUGAGGUUUGUAUCUCCAAAGGCUGGCUCAAUGAGUACAGUUUGGACGACAAGUUCCUGCGACAGCUUACAGCAAUGCGACCUGAGCGUGCGAAGCAGAUGCUCGUUCAUGUCGAUUCAUACCAACAGAGAGUCUACGAUCCCAUGUCCAUCUUUACCGAUCUUCGUUACUCAAAGCCUGUCCGUGCUCGUCCACUGCCAGUGAAUUGCGCAGAGAUAUACCAUGCCACGGUCACCGCAACGCGAAUCCUCUUCCACACCCCGUCCGUCGAGAUCACCAAUCGUAUUGUGCGCAAGUAUAGGCGCUUCAGCGAUCGAUUUCUUCGGGUCCGCUUCGAAGAUGAGCCAUACAGGGGCCAAACAAGGCUCUAUCCCGCAACAAAUGGCAAGAUGAAGCUCAUCUUUGAGAGAGUUCGUCGUACACUGAAAAAUGGUAUUCUUCUUGGUGAUCGACAUUACGAGUUUCUCGCGUGGGGCAACUCACAGCUCCGAGAACACGGAGCAUACUUCUUCGCUGCCUCACAGAACCCCGUCAUCACCGCCGACAGUAUUCGCAGAGAAAUGGGCACUUUUGACCACGAAAAGGUUGUCGCAAAGCGAGCCGCGCGAAUGGGCCAGUGCUUUUCUACUACGAAACCAGUUCCGGUGCUCAGCAGAAACAGUUGGAAAAGAGACCCGAUCCCGGACAUAGUCAAUGGUCCUUACACUUUCACUGAUGGGGUGGGUAAGAUCUCUCCUCUUGCUGCUCAGCUUGUCAAAACAAAUCUCAAACUUGCUGGCGAGCACCUGCCUUCAGCAUUCCAAUUUCGACUGGGUGGCUGUAAGGGCGUCCUGGCGGUGGAUCCCAAGCUCAAUGGCGUUGACAUCAAAAUCCGUCCGAGUCAGUACAAAUUCAGCUGUGAGUCCGAUGAGUUGGAGAUCAUUCGCGUCUCAGAAUUCUGGCAACCAUUCCUCAACCGACAGAUCAUUUUGGUACUCUCGGCGCUCGGCGUCCCUGAUCGCGUAUUCUUGCACAAGCAAUUGGACUGCAUAAAGGCAUUGGACGCCGCUCUCGUGGAUGACAAAGCUGCCUUGCGAGCGUUGCGCUCCACCGUUGACCCCAAUUCAAUCACCCUGAGCAUCGCUUCCUUGAUAGAGGCCGGGUUCAGUCACAUCCAUGAACCCUUUGUGACGUCUCUGAUACGGCUUUGGAGGGCCUGGACCUUGAAAUACCUGAAGGAGAAAGCAAAGAUCCCGAUCACUCAAGGAGCCUUCGUGCUCGGUGUUGUCGAUGAAACGAGGACACUUCGUGGCCACAUCAACGAUAUGCAGCCUGGACCUGGCGCAAGCGAACAGGAGAAGGAGAGAUCGUUGCCAGAGAUCUUCAUCCAAUACACAGACCCGGAACAAAAGGGAGUGCGCCGCAUUGUGGAAGGAAUUUGUGUCAUUGCCCGGAAUCCGUCCUUGCACCGAGGUGAUGUACGAGUGGUCAAAGCCAUUGAUGUGCCACAUUUACACCAUCACUGUGAUGUGGUGGUCAUGCCAGCGACUGGAGAUCGUGACUUGCCAAGUAUGUGCUCAGGCGGUGAUCUCGACGGAGAUGACUACAUUGUGAGCUGGGACCCAGAUCUCAUUCCUUCGGAAUGGAAUGCCGAACCCUUUCAUUAUAACGCUCCGAAGCCAAUACAGAAAGAGCAGAUAUCUAUCGACGAUAUUAUCAAUUUCUUCUACGAUUACAUGCAGAAUGAUUUCCUCGGAAGGAUCGCCAAUGCUCAUCUCGCAGCUGCUGACUACCUCCAUGACGGAAUCAACAGCGAGCAAUGCCUCAAGCUUGUCGGGCUCCAUUCGUUGGCCGUUGAUUAUCCCAAGACCGGCAUCCCUGCCGAGAUGAGUCGAGACCUUGAACGGAACAACUGGCCUCACUUCAUGGAAAAGAAGCGAGCAGGAGGAUACCGUUCUAAGAAGAUUUUAGGUCAAUUGUACGAUGCAGUUGAGCGAGCAAAAUUUAAGCCGCAUUGGUCAGGCAACUUCGACCAGCGAAUCCUCCUGCAUACACCAGCAGAUGAGAUCAGAGGUAUUGUCAGCAAUAUGAAAAAGAGUUACGAUGAGAGUAUGCGGCGCAUUAUGGCUCAACAUCAAAUUGGUUCCGAGUUUGAGGUUUGGUCUACGUUUGUACUCCACCACAGCAAAGUGUCUAGAGAUUUCAAGUUCCAUGAAGAGAUUGGACAGCACGCCAAAACUUUGAAGGACCAAUACUACGAAGCACUCUGCCAGGAGGCUGGAGGACAUGAGACUGAGAAGCUUAAGCCAUUUGCGAUAGCAGCUUAUCAUGUCACUCACGACGAAUUUCGAGAGGCACAAAUCCAUCAGCAAGACGUCCAAGAGGAUGACUCAGAGUCUGCUGAUUCAGAUAUACCAGGCUUGGCUUCUUCGACAAUGCCGUUUAUAUCCUUCCCCUGGGUUCUUCAGGAUACACUGGUGAAAAUUGCAAGGAACACAGUUCUGCAUGACGGAGGCGAGGCAUUGCAGACUGCUGAUCAACGGUCAACGCGUAGUGACGACGCGGUACAAGUGGAGACUGACCCCUUCCUUGAAGGAUUUGGUCGUAAAUGGACCUAUUAUGGGGAGCAUUUGCCUGAUCCGUAUAUUCCUGUCACGGAGCGCGCGGACAAGGCUCUGUCAGAAAUAAUACCGAACGAAAUGUUACGCGCAGGGACGAUGCCACCACCUCCUCCAAGGGAAAGCCCAACAGCAAAGCCUUCGCCUAGCGAACGACACUUUCUCGACGCAUUCGGAAACAUGGACGAUCAAGCCGUGUCUGAUAUCAGCUCAAUGGUUUCUUCCAACGUACCCUCUGUGGUCUUAAGUAACAUGAGUGCAUCCACCAGCUCAGACGAUAUCGACCCUCCCCCUUCCCCUGAGUGUCUUACAUCUCAGGUCCUGCCAUCUUCCCGAAUCUCCAGCUCUAAUGACACGGGCCGGUUCCAGGACCUCCGGAUGCCGACUUCAAAUAAUAUCCAUCCACUUGCCGUUCACGAGAAACUGCCGCUCAAAGACCCGGUUUUGAUGACACAGGAAGAGCUUCGCGCCUUUGGGGGUGAUAGUGGUGAUGAGGAUGACUUUACCUUCUAA